AUGGCAUCAAAUGCAGGCGAGAAGAGCAUUUCCGCUUAUGGAGAGGCUCGCUCCACAUUGGAGGGGAAGCCUCUUGACGCCGAGCAAGUUCGCAAGAUGGAUGCAUAUUUCCGGGCUAGCAUGUACCUUUGCCUUGGAAUGCUCUACCUCCGUGAAAACCCACUGCUCAAGGAACCACUCAACGUGGAGCAUCUCAAAGCUCGGCUUUUGGGGCAUUGGGGAUCCGAUGCUGGCCAGUCUUUCACUUGGACUCACAUGAACCGCCUUAUCAAAAAGUACGAUCUUGAUGUCCUCUUUUUCUCUGGCCCCGGACAUGGUGCUCCCGGAAUUAUCUCGCAGUCCUAUCUUGAGGGCGUCUACUCGGAAAUCUAUCCCGAUAAGGCCGAGGAUACAGAUGGUAUGAAGAAGUUCUUCAAGCAAUUCUCGUUUCCUGGUGGUAUUGGUAGUCAUGCGACUCCUGAGACUCCAGGAAGUAUCCACGAGGGUGGUGAGCUAGGAUAUUCGAUCUCGCAUGCCUUCGGAUCCGUCUUUGACAAUCCCGAUCUCAUUACGUUGACCAUGGUUGGAGAUGGCGAGUCGGAGACAGGUCCACUAGCGACCAGCUGGCACAGCACAAAAUUCCUGAACCCAAUCACCGAUGGGGCCGUUCUCCCUGUCCUUCAUCUCAACGGAUACAAGAUCAACAACCCCACAGUUCUUGCACGAAUUACUCAUGAGGAGCUGUCAUCUUUGUUCGUGGGCUACGGGUGGAAGCCCAUGCACCAAGCCAUGGCAAUUACACUCGACCAAUGCAUCUUAGAGAUCAAGGAGUACCAGAAGCAAUCUCGAGAAUCCGGGACACCAUUCCGACCCCGCUGGCCGAUGAUCAUUCUUCGUACUCCCAAGGGAUGGUCGGCCCCACGCGAGGUCGAUGGCCAUCUACUCGAGGGCUUCUGGCGCGCGCAUCAGAUUCCAAUUACCGACAGCUACAGGCCAGAGGAGCUCUUCGACAAGAAUGGCAAAUUGGUUCCGGAACUCAAGGAGCUCGCACCCACCGGCAACUCGCGGAUCAGUGCCAACCCCGUCGGCAAUGGGGGUCUUCUACGCCGACCGCUCAAAAUGCCGGAUUUCCGAGAUUAUGGGUUCAUGGAUAUUGUCCCAGGCUCAACCAUCAAGGGAGGAAUGGCCAAUAUGGCCAAAUUCCUUCGUGAUCUGGUUGCCCAGAACAUGAACAAUUUCCGGCUCUUCGGCCCAGACGAGACCGAAUCCAACAAGCUUGCCGAGGUGUACAAAGCAGGCAAAAAAGUCUGGAUGGCAGAGUAUUUUGAAGAAGAUAAAGACGGAGGAAAUCUGGCCCCCAAUGGCCGCGUGAUGGAAAUUCUUAGUGAACACACUUGCGAGGGGUGGCUAGAAGGCUACAUUCUUUCAGGGCGGCACGGACUGCUCAACAGCUAUGAGCCCUUCAUCCACGUCAUCGACUCCAUGGUUAACCAGCACUGCAAGUGGAUCGAGAAAUGUCUUGAUGUGGAAUGGCGAGCUAAAGUUGCCUCUCUUAACAUCCUCAUCACCGCGACUGUCUGGAGACAAGACCACAAUGGCUUCACCCAUCAAGACCCAGGAUUCCUCGAUGUGGUCGCAAACAAGAGCCCUGAGGUGGUUCGAAUCUACCUCCCACCGGAUGGAAACACUCUUCUCUCGAUCAUAGACCACUGUCUCCGCAGUGUCAACUACGUGAAUUUCGUCGUCGCCGACAAGCAGGAGCACAUUCAGUUUUUGAACAUGACCGAAGCUGUCCAGCACUGCACCAAGGGCCUCGGAAUCUGGGACUGGGCUAGCAAUGACCAAGGCGCAGAACCCGACGUCGUGAUAGCAUCUUGCGGUGAUGUCUCAACUCACGAAGCCUUAGCCGCCACCGCGCUCCUGCGCGAGCACCUUCCACAGCUCAAAGUCCGCUUCGUCAAUGUGGUGGACUUAUUCCGACUGAUCUCGAGCAUGCACCAUCCACAUGGCCUGUCAGACAAGAGGUGGAAAGCCAUCUUCACCACCGACAAACCCAUCAUCUUUAAUUUCCACUCUUACCCCUGGCUUAUCCACCGACUCACGUACAAGCGACCGGGCCAGCAUAACCUACAUGUGCGAGGCUACAGAGAGAAGGGCAAUAUCGACACUCCGUUUGAGCUGGCUAUGCGCAAUCAAACUGAUCGAUACAGCCUUGCUGUUGACGCUAUUGACUUGGUUCAACAUCUCGGCAACACGGCAUCUGGUGUGAGAGAGAGGCUGAUCAAUGAGCAGCUAGCGGGCAAGGCCGAGGCGUUCAAUAAUGGACUCGAUUCUGAGCAUAUUCGGAACUGGAGUUGGCCUUGGCCGAGAAAAUAA